CAUCAGUGGAUAUUUUCAAGGAGAAGCUGAACUUUCACUGGCAGGCAAUCUGACAGGUUUAAAACAGACUGAAAACUGAAUUUCUUACUAAAAUUUUUAGCAACCCAACAUUUGACCAUUUAAUUGAGAGCCCGUCUGUCCAAACUUUUUCUGAACGGCGCACACGUGAAUUAAAGAAUGACGUUAUCGACUAUUUCGGAUGAAGCAGAAGCAUUAAAAGAAGAAGCUAACAAAUUUUUCAAAGGUAAUGCAUAGACAGACCUCACACUUACAAAUAUGGACACGUGUUUAACGGUAUUUUUCGACUAAUAGAUGGGGACUAUGAAAAAGCCAUCGAUGCAUACACGAAGGCGAUAGAAAUUCGGGAGACUGCUGUUUAUUUGGCCAACAGGAGCCUAGCUUAUCUUCGUACAGAGUGUUUUGGCUAUGCCUUGGAUGAUGCUUCUAAAGCUAUAUCUUUGGAUAGUUCUUAUGUGAAGGGUUAUUAUCGCAGGGCAUCUGCACAUAUGGCAUUAGGUCAGUAUAAGGAGGCAUUAGCAGACUACGAAACUGUUAUUCGAGUUGCACCUAGUGACAAAAUGGCUCGUGAGAAGUUGACUGAAUGCCGGAAAAUAAUUCGUCGCAAAGCAUUUGAAAAAGCCAUUGCAGUAGAAGAUCAGCCAUCCCCAUUAGAAUCUUUUGAUCUGUCAACAAUUACCGUAGAAUCUAGUUACGAUGGUCCGCACUUAGAACAAGAUAGCAAUGGAAAAUACUUUGUCACUGAGUCGUUUAUGUUGGCUUUAAUGGAGCACUACAAAUCUCAGAAAGUAUUACACAAGAAAUAUGCCAUUAUAAUAAUGAAAGAUAUUUUCUUAUUUCUUCGCGGUUUACCAAGUUUGGUAGACAUUAAAGUCCCAGAACAGUCUAAGUUUACUGUUUGUGGGGAUAUACACGGUCAGUUCUACGAUCUUAUGAACAUAUUCAAAAUUAACGGGCUUCCGAGCAAAGAUAAUCCUUACUUGUUCAAUGGUGACUUUGUUGAUCGGGGAUCGUUUUCCGUGGAGUGUAUUUUCACCUUGUUCGGGUUUAAGCUUCUCUAUCCAGACAAGUUUUAUCUUUCCAGAGGUAACCAUGAAUCCGAACACAUGAACAGACUUUAUGGCUUUGAAGGUGAGGUAAAGUCAAAAUAUUCUUCUGAAGUGGCCAAUAUGUUCACGGAUAUAUUCAACUGGUUACCUCUAUGCCAUCUGAUUAACGAAAGAAUUCUGGUUAUGCAUGGUGGAUUGUUCGAACGCGAUAAUGUUACAUUAGAUGAAAUAAAAAAGGUGUCUCGAAAUCGUCAACCUGACGAAGGCACUAUAAUGUGUGAAUUGCUAUGGUCUGACCCAAUGGAGGCUGAAGGUCGAGCCCAUUCUAAACGUGGAGUCGGUUGUCAAUUUGGUCCUGAUGUCACUGAAAAGUUCUGUAAGCAAAAUGGUCUAGACUAUAUUAUUAGAAGUCAUGAAGUGAAAGAUGAAGGUUACGAAGUUGCUCACAACGGUCGCUGUAUUACUGUUUUCUCAGCUCCUAAUUACUGUGACACAAUGCAUAAUCGAGGAGCUUUUAUUACAUUGAUAGGUAGUAAUAAACCCGGUGAAAUGUCUCCAAUGUUUACCAGCUUUACAGCAGUAGCUCAUCCAGAUGUGCGCCCAAUGGCUUACGUAAAUCCAUUACUUUCCAUGUUUAUGUGAUUUGUACAUUGCUUUUUCUUAUUUUGUGCCUUAAAAUGGUUACUGAACAUUGAUAGAUGCAUAUUUAAAUAAACACACAUAUAUACAGUUAACUUGAUCAAUGUAUCAACUGUUCAUUGUACACAUUAUAUUGUCAAAAUUCUCACGUAACAUUUUCUUACUCAUUUUUGAUGGGCUUAGUUUUGAGUCAAGGAUUCUCAUGUCUGCAUUUUUAAUUCCAUUGUAAUAAAGUUACUUUGGGAAAAUGUAAAAAAAUUUAAUCACAUUCUUAUUACUAUUAAUAUGAUUAUUUGUUAUUGCUACUACUACUAACACUGAUACCAUUGUUUGAACUUGUGACGGCUAUUUUUCCAUUUAGUCAGACUACCAGUUCUCAUUCAUUUUAGGGUUAAUUUUGCAAGUAUAUUAGAAGAAAUCAUUAAGCUUCAUUUAUUUUAUCGUCUUACUGUAUCGUGUUUGAAUAAAAAUUGUGGGAAAUUAUUACUAUUAAAUCUAUAUAUAUCUAGCAUUGUUCCAGUCUAAUUUUUUCAACCUAAUCGUCUUGAAUAAAUUAAAAUGAGGAGUUUAGAAGAUAAUUAAUUUUCGUAUUACCUUGCUUAGUAAUGAGGAUAUUUUGUAUAUUGAAGCAUUUUAAUCUGAAAAUAAUAGUGUUCACAUCGUAC